AACUAGUUGGUAAAACAUAAUCAUAGGCUGGCAGGAAAGCAAUGACUAUUUGUCACUCCUUUCAAAGAGAAGGAAAACAGUUGGUGGCAAAUACUCAGUAACAUCAAGAACCCAGCAGAGAGACCGAAUUUCCUUUCCUCCAUGCCGGGAUACUCAGAGUUUUACUUCAAUGUGGACCAUGGCUACUUGGAAGGGCUGGUCCGAGGGUUCAAAGCCGGGAUCUUGACUAGUGCAGACUAUGUCAAUUUAGCACAGUGUGAGACAUUAGAAGAUCUGAAGUUACAUCUACAGACAACAGACUAUGGCAACUUCCUUGCUAAUGAGUCUGGUCCUCUCACAAUUUCCACCAUUGAUGAUAAACUGAAAACAAAGCUGCUCACAGAGUUUCAUUACUUCAGAAACCAUGCUUUUGAACCACUCGCUACUUUUCUGAAUUUUAUCACAUACAGCUACAUGAUUGACAAUGUAAUUCUUUUAAUAACGGGCACAUUACACCAGCGACCCAUAGCUGAACUUGUUCCCAAGUGUCAUCCACUGGGACGUUUUGAGCAAAUGGAAGCAGUCAGCAUUGCCUCAAACCCCACUGAGCUGUUCAAUGCAAUUCUGGUUGACACACCAUUAGCUGCUUUCUUUCAAGACUGCUUGUCAGAAAAUGACCUGGAUGAAAUGAACGUUGAAAUAAUGCGCAACAAACUGUACAAGUCUUAUCUUGAGGCAUUCUACAAGUUUUGCGAAAAACAAGGAGGUACUACAGCAGAAAUAAUGAAACCUAUUCUUGAGUUUGAGGCAGACAGACGUGCCUUUAUCAUCACUAUUAAUUCAUUUGGUACUGAGCUCAGUAAAGAAGACAGAGAGAAGCUAUACCCAACCUGUGGAAAACUCUAUCCAGAAGGCUUACAUCUGUUGGCCAAUGCAGAUGACUACGAGCAAGUGAAGUGUGUUGCAGAUUACUAUGCAGAAUACAAGGCUGUGUUUGAAGGUGUAGGGAAUGACAGUGGAGAAAAGACACUUGAAGAUGCAUUUUUUGAACAUGAGAUAAAGCUGAACAUGCUUGCAUUCAACAAUCAGUUUCAUUUUGGAGUAUUUUACGCCUAUGUGAAGUUAAAGGAGCAAGAAUGCAGAAACAUUGUAUGGAUUGCCGAAUGCAUUUCUCAAAGACACAGAACCAAAAUUAAUAACUACAUUCCAAUUUUCUGAGAAUUUAUAAUGCUGCAGUGCCUGAGAAGAAGUACUUAUUCAAAUUAAAGAAGAAAAAUCUUAUUUUAAAAUUCAACUAUUAUGUUUUUAACUGUAGUGCUAAUCCUCCUUUUACAUAACAGUGUGACAAAAAAGCAGUAUAAUUAGAGAUAAAAGUAUCAGGAAAUGUUAAUGGGCUCUUUCAUAGCUUUUGUUGAUAGGUUUGUUCCCCACUGUGACCAUUUUAAUUGAACAAAUCAAUAAAAACUCUCUGCAAGGUUUUG